AGCGAGUUGACGCAAAGUAGCGUACGUCAGUUUGUGUCAGACAACGGAGCACGGAAGAUGCUCCCGGUUCUUCGCGAAACGGAUGGACCAUCCUCGGCACCGAGGUCUCGACGUCGUCGCCGUGUUGUUCGCGCGACGACGAGGUCGAAUCCGCGUCGUCGAGGUACCGCCUUUUCUUCUUCAUCAUCUUCAUCUUCUUCAUAUUCAUCAUUUUCUUCGUCGUCGUCAUCUUCAUCUUAUUUUUCUUCAUCAUCAUCUUCCUUAUCCUCGUCCGUUAAAUCAUCGUCCUUCUUCGAUUUUCGCGAGCUUCUUCACGAAAGGAAUGAUUCAGAAAUCGAGAUGAAAAACGAGAAAAUUCUUAUUCGGGGUUGGAUUGGAAGAAGAAGAAGAGCAAGUGGUAUCGUUAGACCAGUCAGUACCAGCACCCUCAUGACAACUGCAUUGACUCUUCUCUUGAUUCUACUACCAGCUGCUUUUCCGGAUAAGAUCAACAUAGGUGCAAUCUUCGAACAGGGUACGGACGAGGUACAAUCUGCAUUCAAGUUCGCCAUGUUUAAUCACAACAAGAAUACUACCAUGAGAAAAUUCGAAUUGCAAGCUUUCGUCGACGUUAUUAAUACAGCGGAUGCUUAUAAACUUUCCCGUUUGAUUUGCACUCAAUUCAGCAGAGGAGUGUACUCGAUGUUGGGUGCCGUCAGUCCGGAUUCGUUCGACACGCUACAUUCCUACAGCAACACAUUUCAAAUGCCCUUCGUGACGCCAUGGUUUCCUGAAAAGGUACUGACACCAUCAUCAGGUCUCUUGGAUUUUGCCAUAAGUAUGCGUCCGGAUUACCAUCGUGCCAUUAUCGACACGGUCCGAUACUACGGUUGGAAGAAAAUCAUCUACCUUUAUGACUCCCACGACGGUCUUCUAAGGUUGCAGCAAAUUUAUCAAACGCUGAAGCCUGGAAACGAGUCUUUUCAAGUGGAAACCGUCAAGAGGAUACAAAACAUGUCCGAGGCGAUCGAUUUUCUUCGUAGUCUCGAAGAACUUAAUCGAUGGAGCAACAAAUACGUGGUAUUGGAUUGUCCGACAGACAUGGCCAAGGAUAUCGUGGUGAGUCACGUUCGAGACGUCACGCUUGGAAGAAGAACGUAUCAUUAUUUAUUAAGUGGACUGAUAAUGGACGAUCGAUGGGAAAGCGAAGUGAUCGAGUACGGUGCCAUCAACAUCACCGGUUUUCGCAUUGUGGACGCCACUCGACCUCACGUCAAGGAUUUCCUCCUGGGUUGGCAUCGGCUAGAUCCUGCCACCUAUCAGGGGGCUGGUCGUGAAUCCAUUUCCGCACAAGCAGCCUUGAUGUACGACGCGGUCUUCGUUCUCGUUGAAGCGUUCAACAAGUUUCUAAGAAAGAAACCUGAUCGGAACAACGUCAGACGAACAGGAAACAGCAGUCAGCCAACCAACGGCACGAGAUCUCUUGAUUGCAAUAAUAGCCGUGAUUUGGUCACGCCGUGGGAAAAUGGCGAUAAAAUAUCGAGAUUUCUUCGUAAGGUCGAAAUCGAAGGAUUAACUGGAAAGAUACGUUUCAACGAUGAUGGUAGAAGACAAAAUUAUACACUACACGUUGUAGAAAUGACAGUAAACAGUGCGAUGGUUAAGGUAGCUGAGUGGACCGAUGAGACUGGAUUUCAAACGAUAGCAGCGAAAUACGUCAGAUUACGUCCCCAUGAAAUAGAAAAGAACAGAACUUAUAUCGUAACAACGAUUGUGGAAGAACCUUAUAUAAUGAAGAAAAAAUCCGAGGACGGUGAAACACUUAUUGGCAAUGACAGUUAUGAAGGUUAUUGCAAAGAUCUCGCCGAAUUGAUUGCUAAAAAACUUGGGAUAACGUACGAGUUGCGAAUAGUAAAGGACGGAAAAUAUGGGACAGAAAAUCCUGAGGUUCCCGGUGGUUGGGACGGAAUGGUCGGUGAACUCAUUAGAAAGGAAGCGGACAUUGCCAUUGCACCAAUGACGAUCACUUCGGAACGGGAGCGCGUGAUUGAUUUCAGUAAACCCUUCAUGUCCCUCGGUAUCAGCAUCAUGAUAAAGAAGCCCAUCAAGCAGAAGCCUGGGGUCUUCAGUUUUCUCAAUCCGCUGAGCAAGGAGAUCUGGGUGUGCGUCAUCUUCUCAUACAUCGGAGUGUCCAUCGUCCUAUUCAUAGUCUCGAGAUUUUCACCAUACGAGUGGAGAGUAUUGACGAUAAGCGGAAGUGGUGAUCCAUCGAUAUCAGGAAGAAAUGAUCCAAGUUUACAACACCCUCAUACGCCUCAAGGUUCACCACACAUACAAGCAUCCAGUAUGGCCAAUGAUUUUAGUAUCAUCAACAGUUUAUGGUUCGCUUUAGCUGCGUUCAUGCAACAAGGUUGCGACAUAUCACCCAGGUCGAUAUCUGGAAGAAUAGUUGGAAGCGUAUGGUGGUUCUUCACACUUAUCCUGAUAUCAUCUUAUACUGCAAACCUUGCCGCAUUUUUAACAGUCGAGAGGAUGGUAACUCCUAUAAAUUCACCGGAAGACCUUGCCUCGCAAACGGAAGUACAAUAUGGUACCUUGUCUUCCGGAUCAACGUGGGACUUUUUUCGUAAAUCUCAGAUAAGUCUCUACAGCAAAAUGUGGGAGUUUAUGAAUUCACGUAAACACGUAUUCGUAAAGACUUACGAUGAAGGAAUAAGAAAGGUCAGAACUAGCAAAGGAAAAUAUGCACUUUUGAUAGAGAGUCCUAAAAACGAAUACAUCAACGAAAGAUUACCCUGUGAUACGAUGAAAGUUGGACGAAAUCUUGACGCGAAGGGUUUUGGUGUUGCAACUCCACUUGGUUCACCUUUGAGAGAUUCGAUCAACCUGGCCGUAUUGUCGUUGAAAGAAAGCGGAGAAUUAACUAAAUUGAUGAAUCGAUGGUGGUACGAUAGAACGGAAUGCAGGCAUGGUGAUAAACAGGACGCAUCUAGAAACGAAUUAUCAUUGAGUAACGUUGCCGGAAUCUUUUACAUUCUGAUAGGUGGACUUCUUCUUGCAUUGGCAGUUGCCCUACUCGAAUUUUGUUACAAAUCUCACACAGAAGCAACCAGAGCUAAGAUACCACUGUCGGAUGCAAUGAAAGCAAAAGCAAGAUUGACGAUCGGUGGUGGUCGAGAUUUCGACAAUGGCCGGUGGUACGGACUCCAGAGUUAGACGGAGGAUGCAUGCGCCUUUCCCGGGACCAUAUUACUACGCCCCAGCAAACGCGAUUGGGACUACCGAGGGCGACCAGGUGCACAGCAAUACGCAUACUCAGGUGUAAGCUACUCGGACAGCUCGGCAGGUGAGUCGCCAGCUAUUUCAUUGCCGACACCACCACCACCACCAUUGAUGGCUCCACCACCACCGCCACCUAGAAGACCACCGAGAAGGAGCGUAACCUUCGCGGAUUCACCACCUAAGAGCCCUAAGAAGGUUUUUUCAAGGUUUCCACGAAGGACGUCUAGCGUCGCGACGUUAGACGUCGCGGUACCUUGGACUCCUGUCUCACCAAGGCAUUGGACAAUGCGAGACGGCAAACCCGAGUACGUCACCUGAAUAAUUAAACAACUAAUCGAAUAAACAAUAUGCUUAGCACCUUAACGAUUAAACAACUAAAAUAAUAUAUCGAAUUUCCGAACGAUCAUUUAAUUUGACAUUUUUUUUUUUGUAUUAGUUUUUAACUCGCCGUAUAUACAACAUUUUAUAAUAUUAACAAACGAAUAUUCAUUUUUAUCCCAUAAAGCAGACUUUUGUAUAUGUUUUUUUUAAUCAUUCAUAAUAUCAUCACACAUGUUUUUUGUUUUGUUAUAAUGAAUUACGUUUUUAUCGACAUUAAAUCGAAUCAAAUUGAUUGUUAAUAUAAUUUAUUACGUUUCUGACUAUGUAACAGUUAUUUUCUCAAUCUUGAAUUAAAUUAUUCAUGUAUUGUGACGUGUGUGAAAUCAACUGACUCACACUUUUUUAUUCGACAUUUAAAUCGAAUCUCUAAUUAGAUUCUUAAUAUAAUUUAUUACGUUUCUGAAUACGUAAGAGUUAUUUUCUUAAUAGAAUUCGAAUUAUUAAUGUAUCGAUAUGUGAAAUCACUUAAACAUAUUUGUUUUAAUCUUAUUAUUCUAUUUUCGUCGAAUCAAAUUGAUCGUUAAUACGAUUAAAUACGUUUACGAUAAUUUAAUGUGUGUCGUUAUAACAAAAGACAAUGCUUUAUGGGGAUUUACGCAUAACAUAACACUGCCAAAAUUUUCUAACGAUUUAUCUAACGUACACGGGCAUCUGCUCUAAUCAUAAAAUUAAUAUCAUUAAUAUGUCAUAAGAAAGAUAUAUAUAGAAAAUUAAAUUCAAGUUCGGAAAUGUCGAUAUGUUCUCCCGUGUCUUCGGACGAGAACGCGUUUGUAAAUUGUAAAUAAUUGUAUGAGAAUCAAAUAGGAGAGAAUCAAAAAAAAAAAAAAGGUCAAGAAAAACCAAUGAAAUAAGAAAGAAAGAAAGAAAGCAAACAAGCAAGCAAGAAAGAAUGAAAUAAUGAAAGAAACUCGAAAUGAAAUCGUUCAAUUCCAUAGUAAAACGAUGGUCCUGGGGUGGGUGCAUGUGCAAACCAGUAAAAAAAAAAGAAAAAAAAUAAUUAAAUAAAAAAUAAUACUCGUCACAUUAAAACUGCCAUUUCUCACAUUUAAACGAGAUACAAAUAAAUAAAACGGAGAAUAUAGGAGAAAAAGAAAGAGAGAGAGAAAGAAAGAGAAAAGAAAUCAAAGUAUGAAGAAAAUAAAAAUAAGUGAGUGGUGUGUUAACUGUGUAUAAUAAAUACAUAUAAAUAUUAUAAUAAUUAUUCGAUAUACGUGUAGAGACACACACUUACAUCGAAUAUACGCGUAUCGAUACUCGCAGCAAAGAAUAUAAAAAAAUAGAAAAAAAGAAACGGGGGAUAAGAAAAGAAAAAAUGAAAAGAGGAAGAAUUUUGAGUAAUUGUCACGUGCCAAAAGAAAUAAUAAUAAUAAUAAAAAACAAACAAACAACACACAAGAUGGAAAAAGAAAGAAAUGAAGAAAAACAAAUUGAAAAUAAGAAAUGUAGGAAUGAGAAGACGAAGUGUCUCUGAUCGUGUGACACGAAUAAUAACUAUUACUAUUAUUAUUAUUAUUAUUAUUAUUAUUGCUAGUUAUUCUUAUUGCGAAUUAAAUUAUAUUAUACUUCAUUAUAUACCGGUGCAAAAUAUUUUAUGAAGUGAGAGCUUGAAAUGAAAUCGCGUAAAAACCUGUUUGAUCCACGAAAAUUUUUUCACUAAACAAAACUGUAUAAUCACGUCGAGCGUGUGUGUUGCGAAUGUAAUAGUCUAUACAAUUACAUAUAAAUAUAUAUAUAUAUAUAUAUAUAUGUACCUAUAGACGUUUAUUAAAGGUAAUAUAUUAUAUAUAUAUAUAUAUAUAAAUAUAAAUAUAUAAAUAUAUGAACGUGCGCGAAUUGUAUGAAUUUUUGCGUAUGUACGUAUGUAUGUAUGUAUGUGUGAGUGUGAGAAUAAAAUAAAUAUAAAAGAAACGUCGUGUGUAUGAAUCGAAUGUUUUACGAAUCGUAUGAAUGAGUUUAGGUUGAUCGUAUAAAAGGGCGUUAUGCGAGUACCUAUAUCGAUCUUUUAUUAAACAAUAUCACUCGAAUCGAUCCGAAAAUCCGAUUAAAUAAGCUUAAAAUAAUCUUAUCUCGGUGAUUUGGUUCGAAAAAAAUUGAGAUUACUGGUUCCAAAAUUUUUGGUGCCAAAGUUAACGAUAAUUUACGUCGUCUCGAAUACAUUUCGCGUUUGCUAUACUUUUAUCUCAAUAAUUAUCUAAAAUAAUAUUUAUUGUAUCUCGCGAGAAACAUUUUAAUAAAUUAUUUAACGUGAAAUGAGAGAGACGCAUCCGAUGUGUUAUACACACAUGAAUGAAAUUUAAAUAAUUGAAAAAUGAUACGAGCAACACGAUUAUUUCUUUUUUUUUUAAAUGCAUUAAAUCUUUUGACAAAAAUUCUAAUGAAAAAUUAUAAUUGUAUACAAUGGAAGCGCGUCACUUGAAAAAUGAUUUUUAAUUUAUAAAAAUGUUUCUUUUUCGAUACGAAUAAUUGAUCACACACACAUCUUUGGAAAAUAAUUCUAAUUGAUUCAUAGCGACUUUUUUUUUCGUAUCCUACAUUCGCGAUACGAAAAUAUUUUUCGAAGCGAACGAAAUCGGACGACGUAAAAAAUAAUAUCGAAACGAUAAAUUCAGCAGGAGAACCUGAAUAUGUGUAACUGAAAAAUAUCGAAAGUUGUUCGCUAAAAAAAAAAAAAAAAAAAAAGCGAAAAUAUUCAUUCGAACGAUCCGACAAAGUAUCGUUACCGUUUUUUCAUAUGUAAAUAAUAUCGUCGUUGUUUAUACAAAUGAAGGAAUCAAGGGAAAACAAAAACAAAAAAAAACAAAAAGAGAAACGAGCAAACUAACAAACAAACUAAUUAAUUAAACAUUCUCAUUAAUAAUACAUGAGAGAAACGUUCGCAAUGAUCUUCCCUUUUAAAAUUAUGUUACAUUAAAUCUAUCAAUCAACGUUCGAGACAAAAAUGAAGAAGAAAGAAUGAUCAAAAGAUUAAUAAUAAUAAUAAUGAUGAUGAUGAUGAUGAUGAAUGGAGAAUUAUCAAGAUAAUUGAUCCCAGUUUCAUGCGUUGCGAUCUAACUAAUCAUAUCGUCAGACUUUUCUUAUUAACGACUCAUUGUUAUCUAUCAUCGAUUUAAAUGAAAAAAAAAAAAAAAA